AUGAAUCGCACGCACUGGGCGAUUGCUCUUUUUGUCCUUGCAAUGGCUUUCUUUGCGCUCUCACCUCGCUCGACCGUGAUAGAUUUGCCGUCCAAAGCAUGGCCACGGAACAUUACAUCGACUCGCUGUAAAGUUGCUUAUCCUGGGCGUCCUCUGAUUCAAUAUGUUAUCAUGGUCGAUGCUGGAUCGAUGGGGUCGAGGAUUCACGCGUACAAGUUCAAUUACUGCAGUGCAACUCCGGAACUUGAGAACGAAAUCUUCGAUCAUGUGGAGCCGGGUCUAUCUUCCUACGGAGAUGAUGCCGGCGGUGCAGCCAGGAGCCUAGAUGGAUUGCUGGAAGCAGUUCUCGACGCGAUCCCCGUUUUUCUCCAUUCGAGUACUCCGAUAGCAGUGAAGGCCACUGCAGGAUUGCGCCUGCUUGGAGAGGAAAAGUCAAACAGAAUUUUGACCGCAGUCCGCCAAAGGCUUGAGUCAAAGUACCCGUUCCCGAUCAUCGAGGAACAAGGAGUGGCUGUCAUGGAUGGUGCUGAUGAAGGUGUAUUUGCAUGGGUUACGGUUAAUUAUCUCUUGGAUCGAUUCAACUCUCUGAAGAAAAAGCCGACAGUGGCCAUCUUGGAUCUUGGAGGGGCCUCCACGCAGGUGGUCUUUGAACCCAAAGUUGUUAGCGGCCACUCUGUUGCGCAAGGCACCCACCGAUACCCAAUGAAUUUUAAUGGAAACGAAUACGUCCUCUAUCAGCACUCUCAUCUCGGCUACGGUCUCAUUAUGGCGCGCGCCCAGAUCAACAGCUAUGUGGUCGAAAAUCCGAUCGGCAACCUACAUGGUAUCAAGCUAGGUGAGGGCGAGUAUGCCCACCCUUGCAUCCCAGUGGGCCUCCGCCAAAACUUCACUACUGCAAGCGGCAAAAUUGUUGUACUGAUUGGCGUAUCAGAUCCAGGAGGGCAGUGUAGGGCAGUAGUUGAGGCCAUUUUCAACAAGCAAAAGGCGUGCAGUAUCACGCCAUGUUCCUUCAACGGCGUGUACCAACCGGCGUUGCACGCUUCUGUUGAGGAGGAUAUCUACGCGUUCUCAUUCUUCUUUGACCUCACGGCCCCUUUUCGACUUGGAAGCGCAACAUUGGCACAGGAGAUGACGAUUGGGGAACUGGGACAGCUGACGGACCGCGUUUGCAUCGGAGACGAAGACGGCUUCAAGGACUUUCAUGACUCUGCAGAGGCGAUGAAGGAAAUUCACAAGUCGCCGGAGCUGUGCAUGGACCUGAGCUACAUUUAUGGGCUGCUCGAGUAUGGCUAUGGUGUUCCGGAGACGCGAAAGUUCAAGCUGGCCAAGAAAUUGAAGGGGUACGAGACAGGCUGGUGUGUCGGCGCCAGCAUCGCAGUACUGGAGGAGCGCGACUGGUUCAACAAUACCUCUGGAUUGCCCUUAGAUUCAUAG